AUGUGCCAUGCAGACCCGUCAUGGAUGGAUACUCUACCAGUUAUUUUAUUAGGAAUUCGAGCUUCUGUUAAAGAAGACAUUAAAAGCAGCAGCGCCGAAUUAGUAUACGAAGAACCGCUUCGUCAACCUGGCGAAUUUUUAAUCAGCACACGCAAGGAUAUACCAACAAGCGAGUUCUUGAGAGACCUGCAUCGAUAUUUCGAAACGAUACAUCCAACUCCUACAUCUGCACGUGGAUCGAAAAAGACUUUUGUACAUAAAGAAUUAAGUAAUGCAAAAUUUGUAUUCCUUGGGGAAGACGCUCUGCGACCUGCGAUUUUUUGUCCAUACAGAGGUCCGUAUGAAGUCAUAGAUCGAAACUCCAAAACAUUGAAAACUAAAAUUGGAGAAAGCAAUGUAAGAGUAUCCACGAAUCGUGUCAAGCCCGCUUUCACCGCAGAAGACGACCAAAGUACAAGUCCAACUCCAUCCAGCGCUACAGAACAUACCUCCACUCAAUAUAGAACACGGUUUGGACGGGUAGUUCGUCCUCGCAUCCAAUGA